AUGGAAGAUGUUACUUGUUGCUCUUGCGGUAUGAAGGGCCAUUAUGCAUCGUCAUGUCCAAACAAGCCAAUCCCUGCGACCCCUCUUGCAAUCCGAGCUCCUCCUAGCCGUCCAGCUAUUGAGCCAGCACCAAAGAAGCAAAACCUAGGAGGUAGAGUUUAUGCCUUAGGUGUAGAAAACCCAGACAAUGCAGGACCGUCAAGCGGUCCCAUCACAGAACCAUACAUGAUAGACGUGGCCGUCUUGACCCCCGCAGACCGAACCCUUCAAGAAAAUCAGCGUAUCAAGAAUGUUCCAUUGGUCAUUCAAGGCAAAGAGUUUGUGGCAGAUCUGUUAGUCGUGCCUUUGAAAGGGUACGAGGUAAUCCUUGGAAUGGAUUGGUUAUCAAGCUAUGGAGUUCAGAUCGACUGUGGAAAGGGAAGGUUGUUGUUCGGCAGAGGUAAACGACCAGAGAUGGUAUACUAUGGAAUCAGUCCUAGUAUGACCGUGUCUUUGGUAGCGGCAAUGAGAGUACAAGAUUUGUUUCAAGACGGGGAAGUAUAUUUGGUGACCUUAUCGGUUAGUGGAGGAGCCACUAAUGAUGAAGUUAAGGUCGAAGACAUAUAA